GAGACACUGUAGGAAGUCAUCUCUCCAAUGUUUUUAAUGGUAACUGCUGUCAAAAGAUUACCGGUUAAUGCCAUUAAAUCUCUUUUCACAAACCCCUUCCACUCACAAAAGCUCACAAGAAAAGCAUCUGUAGAACUACGUGAGGCUGAUCCGGUUGAUGUGAUGUGUAGCCCGGGAUCUGAGGGGCACGGAGAGGAUGCGUCUGUGGAGCAUUUUUACUGCAGAGGUGCAGUCACUGAAGUGCUCAAGUAUGGAUCAACAGACUUACACUCUGCCAUCAAAGGCCCAAACCCUCCCAAAGCGCUCAUCCUUAUCAUUCCAGGUAACCCAGGUGUAGUGGGCUUCUAUAAGACAUACAUGUGGACGCUGUAUCAGACGUUCCUCAGAAGAUAUCCAGUGUGGGCUGUGAGCCACGCUGGACACUGUAUGCCUCCAGACACCUUUGAUAUGAUUGAAGAUGCAUCUGUUGCUGAGAAGGAGGAUGUUUUCGGGCUCGAUGGACAGAUUGAACACAAGCUGGCCUUCCUUCGGAAGCAUGUACCUCAAGAGACACUUCUGCUGCUGAUUGGUCACUCCAUCGGCUGCUACAUCAUCCUGGAGAUGAUGAAGAGAGACCCAGAGCUAAAGGUUUUGAAGGCCGUGAUGCUCUUUCCCACCAUCGAGCGCAUGGCAUGUAGCCCUCAGGGCAAGGUCCUGACCCCUGUGCUCUGUCGACUGCGGUACGCAGUCUAUCUGCCCAUCUUCCUGCUGUCCCUGCUGCCCGAGAGGCUGAAGGCUGGAAUGGCCCGUCUGGCCUUGAGGAAUUUAUACUCAUUGGACACCUACAUCGUGCCAGCCACCGUCAGUCUCAUCAAUGUAGACUGUGCUGCUAACGCUAUGUAUAUGGGAAGCCAAGAAAUGAGACUUGUUGUAGAGAGAGACAACUCUACCAUACGUCAACACCUCAACAAGCUUAUUUUUUACUAUGGGGCUACGGACCACUGGUGCCCUGUGCAGUACUACCAUGAUAUCAGUAGGGACUUCCCCGGAGGUGACAUUCGUCUGUGUGAGAGAGGCAUCCGUCACGCAUUUGUGCUGGAUGCAGGAGAAGAGGUGGCUAACAUGACAGCAGAAUGGAUCUGUGGCGAUCUCAGGACGCUUUGACUAGCAGAAUAACAGCCUUCCAAUGCAGUUUUAUGGAUGGCAGAAAGGAGAUGACCACAGAUCAUACAAAGGCUGUUAAUUGGGUUUUUCGAUUUACUCUCAGAAUAUAAAAUUGGACUAAUUUUGGUACAGUUAAUUUGUAUGGUCAAAUGUAAAAAUGUUAUUGCACAACCAUGUUGUGUAUUUCCUUUAUUUUUGAAAAAAAAAAGAGAAUUUUAAAGAGCAGUUUCAGUUGUCUGUCCAGUGGACAUUGUAAUUAUUUAUUUGUGAUGGUUUCAAGCCUGAAGAGGUUAUAGUUGAACAGGAAACGCAUGUUAUAAUUAAAAAAUAUAUAUUGUAGUUAUAUAGCCGUAGAAAAAAAUAAGAGACCAUUGCAAAUUUGUCCAUUCUAGUCCACUAAAUUUAAAAAAUAUUACUGUUGUGUUGCUUAAAAGUGAAUAUGAACUUUGUUUUCUUUGCCCUAUUUGAGGUCAUUUAUUUGUCCUGUUUCUCCAGAUUAAAAUUUCUGCAAAUAAAUACAAAUAGUAACAAUAUUUGUAUUUAAAAUUUGUGAUGAAUUUCGUUAGUAGUUCACAGAAUGAAAUAAAAAUGAUGGUUUUGACUAAACACAACAGUGAAUUCAGAAACAUAGCAAAUCCUUUUCAGAUGGUCUCUUAAUUUUCUCCACAGCUGUAUGUUUUAGAUUUCAGAUUCUUAUUUACGACAAUAGCCAUUAUUGUAAAUGUAUAAUGUGUAAUAUGAAUACAUGAUCAGGGGAAGGAAUAAAUAAAGAGGGAUAAAUAAAAAACAUAAUGCAAUCCAUUCCAGGUCAGCAGGUAAAAAAAGAAAAAGAAAUUUACCUUGAUAUUUGUUGUUACAUUCAUUUGUUGAUACAAUAAUAAAGGUAAUUUCAUUAAAAAGGAAAAGGGGUAUGGACGAUUGAUGGAUAUAUAAAGGAAAUAGCUUCUGGUGUUUAUUGCUGUACCAUUUUACAUUGCCCUUGCAAGAUAUUUUUGCUUUUCAGUAAAAUGUGUAACAAAGUCUAACAUGUCAUUUAAUUUCUAUUUAUAAAAAAUGUGUUAAUGUUACAGGAAACCAGGAAAUGCCUGUACUAGCAAGGCAGCGACCUGGAACCUUCAAGAACCCCAAAAUGAUGAAUUUUAAUGCAUCUCACUCUGUACCCUGGUUUAAGGCAUGGAAGUUAUGUAUAUUUGCAGCUGUCUCCAUAUGAAUGAACCUGAACAUUAAAUCUGUCACUCGUGAACGGAUCGUUUUAAUUUUCCAGACGGCAUCACAGGGACUCUGGAAUAGUCUCAAGCUGCUAUUCUCUUAGCUUGAGAUCCAUUCAGAUUCUUUAGGCCCCAACUUGGCUGUAGACACAUCCCAAGAGUUUGUUAAAUGGUAAAUGAAGGAGCCAAAGCAGGACCCCU